CAAGAUAGCAACUUGAUAUUUGGCAUGCAUGUGUAUCUCAUAGAGCUGCACAUUUUGAGUGGUAAAAGGUCAAGGUCAUCCUUCAAGGUCAGAGGUCAAAUAUAUGUGGCCAAAAUCGCUCAUUUUAUGAGUACUUUUGCAAUAUUGAAGAUAGCAACUUGAUAUUUGGCAUGCAUGUGUAUCUCAUGAAGCUGCACAUUUUGAGUGGUGAAAAGUCAAGUUCAAGGUCAUCCUUCAAGGUCAAAUAUAUGGGUCAAAACUGCUCAUGUAAUGUCACUUCUGCAAUAUUGAAGCUAGCAAUUUUAUAUUUGACAUGCAUGUGUAUCUCAUGGAGCUGCACAUUUUGAGUGGUGAAGGGUCAAGGUCAAGGUCAUCCUUCAAGGUCAAACGUCAUAUACGGGGACAAAGUGUUUCACAAACACAUCUUGUUAAUCUACGUUUUUUAAAGAGGAAAACAAAAGAAACUCGUUGAAAUAAGAGCGAACCUAGACACAGCUUGUCUAUGAAAUGGCGGACAGUUCGUUGCUAACUAACGCGCCCGAUUAAUCGAUCGCUGAUUGGUAGAUCAAUUCUUAGAUAAGGAUUUGAUUGACAGGCGGCGACAUGUCAAUAGACCAGUUCACGCGUGACGUCACGCGCACCUGCGUGUUUACAUCCGGGCUUCACUGGUAGUCAAAAAGCAAACACAAACAAAGGCGAGAAAUAGAGCGUGGUAGUCGGGAUUAUUUUUAGAUUUAUUUUGUAAACAUGCCAACAGGAUGUUGCGCGCCUGGGUGCACACAAAGGCAAACAAAGGGAGGCGAUAUUUAUUUCUAUCGCUUUCCUAAGAAUGACGAAAGACGAUGGAAAUGGAUAAUUGCAAUGAAGCGCAUGCAGUUCGACAACCCAAACAAACUGUGGGAACCACUUCACAAUCAACAACUAUGCAGCCUUCAUUUUGUAUCGGGUCAGCCAUCAACAGAUGCCAACCAUCCUGAUUAUGUCCCAAGCCGCUUCCACUUCACGCCAGUACUGGAGCAGACACCAAAAGCCAUGGACCGGUAUCAACGUGCUGUAAAAAGAAGGCGCCUUGUUCUUUCUCCGCAGCCAGAGAGAGAGAACACUCCUCUCCCCGACGAACAGACAGCCGCCCUCGGCUUGCUAGAUCUUGGUGUAUGCACUCCAAAAUAUCAAACUACAGGUACUGACCUUGAUCCAGAUCCUAUCAUGAUGGAACUGGGUGAACUAAAGAAGAGUCACUCCAUUCUUCAAGAGGAAUACCAGCAUCUCCUAAACGAGUACAGGGCUUUGAAGGAAACAGUGGAAGCUUCCAAGUUCACGUACAGAAACUUGAACAAUUCUACAAUGAUUACCUUGACAGGAUUGCCAAGUGUUAAUUUGUUCAGAUUGGUCUUGUCCUUUGUGUGUCUGUCAUUGAAACCAAUGGGGAAGUUAUGUGCUGGUAACAUUAUCCUUAUGGUUUUGAUGAAACUAAAACUAGGAUUGACAAAUAAAGACUUAGCAUUGAGGUUUAAGGUAGCCCCUACCCAGGUCUCAGCCAUCAUAAACAUUGCCAUCCCUGUGAUUGCAGACAAGCUCAAUUGUUUGAUAUGUUGGCUGCCAAAGGAAGAAAUAAUUAAUAAAUCUUCCUAAGGCUUUCAAGAGGCAUUAUAGAAAAACCAGAGUUAUCAUAGACUGAAUUAUUAUUUGAAUUAUUUAUCCAGCGCCAAUCCAACCUGAAUGCUCGAGCAGAGUCCUGGUCCAACUAUAAACAUCAUAACACUGCUAAGUUUCUAAUUGGCAUUGCACCGCAUGGAACUGUGACCUUCUUGUCUCGUGCAUGGGGAGGACAUGUGUCGGACAAGCAACUGACUGUGCAAUCAGGUUUUUUUGAUAAACUAGAACCAGGAGAUUUGGUAAUGGCAGACCGAGGAUUUCUCAUAGCUGAAGAACUUGUAGCUUAUAGUGCCUCCCUCGCUAUUCCACCCUUUGCCAAGGGAAAACAACAGUUCUCCCAGAAGGAAGUUGAGCAUGCGCGUCGACUGUCGCAACUGCGAAUUCAUGUGGAGCGAGCCAUAGAGCGUGUUAAGCGCUUUCAGAUAUUGAAAAACGUUAUUCCAUUAACGACGACACGCCAUCUGGAUUCGAUUUUGACAAUAUGUUGUGCCAUUACCAAUGUAUUGCCAAAGCUGGUUAAGUAAUAUGACACUGUUUGACUAUAAGUGAUACAUCGAAUGUAAAAACAUCAAGUGUGUGUGAUAAUCUUUAUUAGCAUGGCCAUAGUACAUAAUGUGAAUUUGUACUGUAUAUGUUCAAAUAUAUUAACAUGUGCAUUAUGUCAAAUGAAACGGGCAUAUAGGAUGCAAAUUGAUUUAUCUUCAGUGUUUUAUUUACAUAGUAUUGCAAUAAAGAAAGAAGUAUA